GAUAUUUUUGAUCCGAAGCGCCGCAAGUGCCAUGAAUGGGGUCGAGGGAGGCAGCGGUGGUGGACCUAACGACGACAAGUUCGUGUACGCGGAAGGCACGGUGGAUGAGAAGGUUGGUUUCAUCUUCGACCGCAUGAAGGAGUCGUCGUUCCUGGGGGACUGCCGCAACAAACUCAAGUCGGAGCUCAAACGCCAACUCAGCAACAUGGAUGACGACGACGAAGACGACUUCCAUGUCAACUUGACGUACAUGAUGCAACGCUUGGGUCUCGUGCACGCGAUCAAGACGUUUGUCAUGGAUAUCCACACAGAAGGCACCAAGGACAAGCGCGACUUUGGCAAGCAAAACGCCAUCUUGGUGACAAUGGACCCCGAUCGACGGGAAACACUAGACGCGAUCGAAGUGGCGAGAAAAGCAUGGGAAGCCUUCACCACUGACGCGUUGCGCGAAUACGUCCGGCAGACGGCGAUGCCCCUGGUGGUCCACCACCAAGUGCUGGCGGCAACCAAGGAGACUUCGGAGACCUCUAAGCCGCAUGUGGCCAGUCAGUUCCUCUUCUCAAGCGAGGCCUUCCUUGCGGCCCUUCAGCGCAUUACGCCGCUGAAUCGAUCUCCACACGUCCCGUCGCAUCCAUGGAGCUCUAUCCACCCCCUCCUGCGAACUCGAGAUACCUUUGAAAUGCAACAGCGGUACACUGAAUUAUCACCUGCACAUGCCCAAUAUGGGGUGGACGAAGACGUGCCAAAUAUCCACGGGGAUUAUGUAUACAUUGGAGGAAAGAACAAACUCGGCGAUAAAGUGCUAAGUAACGGCACAGUACCGACCGCAAGGCAAUAUGCCAAGACAGGAAGCCCCAUCACCCUUCGGCCGCAUAUCUGGCGGCAGGCGCUGAGUGUGGCCAUCGAUCCCAUCUACUUUAAACAGUUAGAAGCCAAAGUGAAGGCCUCGACGGUAGUUACCGACGGGCUGUUCAUGCUGGACGUGCAGCAGACGACCGACAGCUCCGACUAUUUUCCGUUCGAAGAUCAUUUGCGCAGCGUCAUGCUGGCCUUCUCCAGGGACGAGCAAGUGGCGUCGCAAGCGGUCAUGACACUGCAGCAUCCCGUCGUGUUUCAGAGCAAUGCAUCGUGUUCCAAGAUGGCGAUUCCUCCGGCGAAUGUCAUGCCAUUCCACGGACUGGUCAUGUUUGUCGCACCGCUGUGCUACCUCUACGACGACCCUGUGCACGUGUACUUUGUGUUUCGAGACAUGUAUUGUCGGUAUUGGUGUCAACUUACCGGCAUCUCGGCCCGACCGAACGCGAUCUUGGCGCUAUGCAAAACGUUUGAAACCCUCAUCCACCGCCAUAUUCCUGCAGUCGUGCAGCAUUUACUUCAGCAUGAUAUCGUCCCGCUGGUGAUUGCAUUUCCGUGGAUACAAAGCGCGUUCUCUGGCGUGUUAGAGAUCGACCAGGUGCUGCUGUUGUGGGAUCGUGUGGUGGGGUACGACUCGUUGGAAAUCAUUGCGAUCUUCGCGGCCGCCCUGUUCACGUUCCGAUCGCAUGAGCUGCUCCAAGUGACAAAGAUCGAUGACGUCAAGGACCUGUUCACAGACGCCCUGGAGAUUCAAGUUAUGCCCAUUCUGCAGCAGUUCCUCUUUCCGAUUUAUGACCCGCAGGAAAAGUAACCCUUGGGGAAUUUCAAACUCGAUUAUCCGGAUUGUACAGUAAUAGUUCAGUUCAAUUUUAUUCUCUAUUGAAUUUUGUAAAGUGAUAAAUAAAAUAGUAUCCGGA